CAUUAUCUGUUUUCGGGUGAAAGUUUUUCCUAUUUUACUACAGGGUAUUUACUAUUUAGCAUUCGUAUUUAUUAUCGUCGAUCUCAUAAACUAUACACAAAUUGUAGCCACUACUCACUAGUCGCAGAGCCGAAGAGGUUGGACGUCGUAUUUGAUAUUUUGAUCUGUCGUUUGCUUUUGCUAUUUCGCGUUCACUUGUACACGUGGCUUCCGUGUUAAAAUCAUGUCGUCAUUUACCGAAAAGAAAAAUUUAAUUUUACGGAACCUACAAGAGGUUCUUGGUGAAGAUAAACUCGAUGUCAUACUAAAAGAAAGAGAUUUAAAAAUUUAUUGGGGUACAGCCACAACUGGACGGCCACACAUUGCAUAUUUUGUUCCAAUAUCCAAAAUAGCAGACUACUUAAAAGCUGGCUGUGAGGUUACAGUAUUAUUUGCUGAUUUACAUGCAUAUUUGGAUAAUAUGAAAGCGCCAUGGGAGCUACUAGAACUCAGAGUACAGUAUUAUGAGCAUUCAAUUAAAGCUAUGCUAACUUCAAUUGGUGUACCUCUUGAUAAAUUAAAAUUUGUUCGAGGAACAGAGUAUCAACUUUCAAAAGAGUAUACAAUGGAUGUGUACCGAUUAAGUUCUUCAAUUACAGAACAUGAUGCUAAGAAAGCUGGGGCUGAAGUUGUAAAACAAGUUGAUAAUCCUCUAUUAUCUGGAUUGCUAUAUCCUGGAUUACAAGCAUUGGAUGAAGAGUAUCUCAAAGUUGAUGCUCAGUUUGGUGGAGUAGACCAGCGUAAGAUAUUUACAAUGUCUGAAAAAUAUCUUCCACAGUUAGGUUAUGCCAAAAGAAUACAUUUAAUGAAUCCAAUGGUUCCUGGGCUAGCUGGAGGCAAAAUGUCUUCUUCUGAAGUGGAUAGUAAGAUUGAUCUUUUAGAUUCACCAGCAACAGUAAAGAAAAAAUUAAAAAAAGCAUUCUGUGAACCUGGGAAUAUUGUGGAAAAUGGUUUACUAGCAUUUGCUAAACAUGUCAUCUUUGGUUUAUUUGAACCUAAUGAAAAAUUCAAAGUAUCUAGAAAUGAAGCCAACGGAGGAGAUUUAAAUUUCAGCACAUAUGAAGAUCUUGAAAUUUGUUUUUCUGAACAAAAGUUGCAUCCAGCUGAUUUAAAAGCAUCUAUUGAAUUUUAUAUCAAUAGACUAUUAGAUCCAAUAAGACAAAUAUUUGAUAAACCUGAACUACAGAAAUUAGUUGCUAAUGCAUACCCAGCCCCUGUCAAACCAAAAAAAACUGAUAAAAAUAAUACUAAUCAACAAGAAGAAAUUUCCCCAAAUCGUUUGGAUAUUCGUGUUGGUAAAAUAGUGGAAGUAUCUAAACACCCUGAAGCGGACGCAUUAUAUGUUGAAAAGAUUGAUCUUGGUGAAGAGCAGCCUAGAACAAUAGUUAGUGGUCUUGUAAAUUAUGUACCAAUUAAUGAAAUGCAAGACAGAUUAGUAGUUGUAUUAUGUAAUUUAAAACCUGCAAAAAUGAGAGGUAUUGAAUCAAGUGGAAUGGUUCUUUGUGCAUCAAUUGAAAACAACGGCAUUAAGUCUGUUGAGCCUUUAGAGCCAACUGAAGGAAGUAAACCGGGUGAUAAAGUUUUUGUAGAGAGUUAUGAACAAGGUGAACCAGAUAAAAUAUUGAAUCCCAAAAAGAAAAUUUGGGAACAACUUCAGGUUGACUUAAAAGUUUCAAAUUCAUGCGAAGCUCAAUGGAAAUCUAACAACUUGAUGACAAAUGCUGGAAAAAUUCUGAGCAAAUCAUUAAAAAAUGUUAAUAUUGCUUGAAGUUUUUAAAAUCUAAUAACAAUAAAUAAAUAAAUAAUAAAACAAAAA